AUGGAAAGGAUUGUAUGGAUCCUCAUCUCUCUCUCACUGUCUCUUCUCGCUACUCUCGUUAGAUCUGAUUCCUCCGAUCACCGUUACACCGACGGUGAUUCCGUUCCUCUCUACGCCAACAAAGUCGGUCCGUUUCACAAUCCCAGUGAAACGUAUCGGUACCUUGACCUUCCAUUUUGUGUUACAGGUAAGGAGAAAGAGAAGACGGAAGCGCUUGGCGAGGUGUUGAAUGGAGAUCGGCUUGUUAGUGCUCCGUAUGAGCUUCAUUUUAAGAAGGAGAAAGACUCUAAUGUUGUGUGCAAGAAGAAGCUUACAAGGGAGGAAGUUGCUCAGUUCCGUGAAGCGGUUAAGAAGGAUUAUUAUUUCCAAAUGUAUUAUGAUGACUUGCCUAUUUGGGGAUUUAUUGGUACCGUUGAUAAAGAAGGAAAAAGUGACCCUAGCGAGUAUAAGUAUUUUCUUUAUAAGCAUAUUCAGUUUGAUGUUUUGUAUAAUAAGGAUCGUGUGAUUGAAAUUAGUGCUCGUAUGGAUCCUCAUUCUGUGGUGGAUGUGACGGAGGACAAGGAAGUUGAUGUUGAGUUUAUGUAUACUGUGAAAUGGAAGGAAACGGAAAUUCCUUUUGAGAAGAGAAUGGAAAAAUAUUCACAAUCUUCUUCGCUCCCGCAUCACUUGGAGAUUCACUGGUUCUCCAUUAUAAACUCGUGUGUAACAGUUCUUCUUUUGACUGGAUUCCUGGCAACCAUUCUUAUGCGUGUCUUGAAGAAUGAUUUUAUGAAAUAUGCUCAAGACGAGGAAGCUGCUGAUGAUCAAGAGGAGACGGGAUGGAAGUAUAUUCAUGGUGAUGUUUUCCGGUUUCCUAAGUACAAGUCCAUAUUCGCAGCUGCCCUUGGUUCUGGCACUCAGUUAUUCACUCUCACAAUCUUCAUUUUUAUGCUUGCACUGGUUGGUGUAUUUUAUCCCUACAACCGAGGAGCUUUAUUUACUGCACUGGUGGUUAUAUAUGCUCUUACAUCUGGCAUUGCUGGCUAUACUGCUACUUCCUUCUAUAUUCAACUUGAAGGGACUAAUUGGGUUAGAAACUUGUUGCUGACAGGAUGCCUCUUCUGUGGCCCUCUUUUUCUUAUGUUCUGCUUCCUUAACACAGUUGCAAUAGCUUAUAGUGCAACUGCUGCCCUUCCUUUUGGCACAAUUUGUGUGAUAGUCCUAAUAUGGACGCUUGUAACUUCGCCAUUACUUGUGUUGGGUGGCAUUGCUGGUAAAAAUAGUAAAACAGAGUUCCAAGCACCUGUCCGCACUACAAAAUAUCCCCGAGAAAUUCCACCUCUGCCUUGGUACCGAAGCACCCUUCCACAGAUGGCAAUGGCCGGAUUUCUCCCUUUCAGUGCCAUCUACAUAGAGUUGUACUACAUUUUUGCUAGUGUGUGGGGCCAUAGGAUUUAUACUAUCUACAGCAUACUCUUCAUCGUCUUUAUUAUUCUGUUGAUUGUCACUGCUUUCAUUACGGUGGCUUUGACAUACUUUCAACUUGCUGCGGAAGAUCAUGAAUGGUGGUGGAGGUCUUUUCUUUGUGGUGGAUCAACCGGCUUAUUCAUCUAUGGCUACUGCUUGUAUUAUUACUAUGCACGGUCAGAUAUGUCUGGAUUUAUGCAAACUUCGUUCUUCUUCGGUUACAUGUCCUGCAUCUGCUAUGGCUUCUUUCUCAUGCUUGGUAGCAUAGGUUUUCGGGCUUCCCUGCUCUUUGUCCGCCACAUAUACAGGUCCAUCAAGUGUGAGUAG